GGCGAGUGCAUCCUUUAACUUUCAUUGUUUCAUUGUUAUUUUAGAUAUUUUCUGUAGUCACUCUUGCAGUUAACGGCUUGAGUUCGUUCUGUUGGUUCCUAAUUUGCUGUAAUAAAUUUAAAAUAACAUAGUUUUAAGCCUGACAGGACCAGUGAAAUUAAUUCGUCACGAUGGCUUGGAUACAUAUAUUUCUCGUUGCAUUUCUAUUUCCAUGGAUAUUGCAGACAAUGGAAUUUGUAUCAGAUAAGGAUGAAUGCCCUCAAGAUAGUUUUUUCUGUGACGAGUACAAGUUUUGCAUUCGCAAAAAUCGCGUAUGUGACGGAUUAAAUGACUGUUUACACGGGGAAGAUGAAUCUCCCCCUGCCUGUGACAUGGAUGUAUGCCAUCAAAAUGGUCAUUUUUAUUGUAACGCUUCCAUGCAGUGCAUUCUCCAAUAUAUAGUAUGCGACGGAUAUAAGCACUGCGUAAACGGGGAAGAUGAAUCUCCCCCAGCCUGUGGCAUGGAUGUAUGCCAUCAAAAAGGUCAUUUUUAUUGUAACACUUCCAUGCAGUGCAUCAGGAGAUAUGACAUUUGUGACGGAGAAAAGAACUGCGUAAACGGGGAAGAUGAAUCUUUCCCUACCUGUGACAUGGAUAAAUGCCUGCAAAGGGGCGGAUUUUAUUGCAAUAGUUCCCGGAUGUGUAUCCUCACGAAUAAUGUUUGUAACGGAAUUACCAACUGCAUAGAGGCUGAAGAUGAGAAUGCUCCGGCCUGCACCAUGGAUGAAUGUUUUCGAAGAGACCGGGCCUUAUGUUUAAAUGGCAAGUGCAUCUCCACUAGUGGGUUGUGUGAUGGAGCUAGGAACUGUCUAUAUAAUGAAGAUGAGUUCGAUAGGCCCUGCAAUCUCAAACACCAAUGUGAAUCGAACCGUUCUCUAAUACACGGCUGCUUGGGACAAUGUACACCUGGUUAUUUUGGCGAUUUUUGCGAGAAUAUUUGUUCAGAAAAGUGUUUGAAUGGAAUAUGUGAUAAAUCAAGUGGCAUUUGUAACAAGUGUGCAUCUGGCUAUACUGGUGGGUAUUGCAAUAAAGCAUGUUCAAAAGAAUGUUUGAAUGGAAUAUGUGAUAAAUCAAGCGGACUUUGCAAUGACUGUACACGAACGUAUUUAGAAAGUUGUUCACAAGAAUGUGGCGUGGGAUGUCGAGAAAUAAACGGUUUCCCACAAUGUGACAGGCAAAGUGGCAAAUGCUUGAAUGGCUGUAAGUUUUAUCACUACGGAUUCUACUGCAACAAUACAUGUAAAAACUGCAAACGAAAUUCCUCAAAUAGUCCAUGUGAUAUCAACGGUGUAUGUCGGUUUGGAUGUGAGAACGAUUAUUGGGACAAGAAGUGCAACUAUAAAUGCAGUGCCAACUGUCAAGGUGACGAACAUGGAAAAGGGUGCAAUUCAUCCACAGGGGAGUGUAUAAACGGCUGUACUCGUGGAUGGAGUGGUAAAUUCUGUGGGGAAUCGACCGAUAAAGAAAACGUCAGCUCCUUAAAGACAACCUCUAUCGUUUUACCAGUUAUUGCCACUGUGGUUGUCGUUGUUGUCGGGAUUAUCUGCUACGUAUGGGCUCGAAAAAGGUGUAUCCGUCAGCAGAAUGAACGCAUGGAACCUGGACAGGUAUUACCAGUUGACGUUCCACCAAUUCAACAACCUACCGGUCCGUGGGGACCGCAAAGUUCUUCCCUGUAUGCCGAGAUCAACGAAGAUACCAUGGAACAAUAUCAUUACAUCUGUGAGCAAAACUCACCUGAUCAAUAUGAUGAAAUCAACGUCACAGAAUAUGACCGUGAUAUCGGAGUCAUGCCUUCAAAAGAAUUCAAAGACGACAGUAUUUCCCGACAGAGCAUCAAGAAUGUCAAGAAUGAACUUGAAAUUAGUGAUGAAUCAAUAUCGAGGCGGAGCAUCACACAUUCUUAUAGUGAUCUUGAUCAUGCCUGUAAGACGGACAAUAUAAACGAACUUAAUCCUCGACAUAGCAUCGCAGAAUCUAAUAACAGUAUUGAACUACCAGCUGCUAGAGAUAGCGAGAAGGGGGAAGAAAUAUUUGGUGAUUUAGGACAAUAUCAAGUGGAUUAUAUUCAUGCUAUUGCAAGGGAAGUUUGUGAUAAUGAAUUAGAUCAACAAACUAUAGAGUCUUCCCUAUAAAUGAUUCAUCAGGUUCUAGUCGGAGAAAUAUAUUGUGAAGAUAAUAGAAGCUUGAAUAUUACCCAACUGCUUUCUUAAUCUCAACACUUGCUAUGACAUAAUUAUUUAUCCAUAAACUCGCUUACAAAAUUUGAUGUAAGACGUAUUGAUGAUAUUUAAUACUUUUUAGUUCUAGGUUUUGUAAAUUUGACUUAUGAAUAAUUGAAUGGCUAUUUAUACACGCGUAUUCAAACCAGCUUGCCUGUUAGAAGUAUUGAUGAUAUAAACUACUCUAUAGCGUUUAAGCUGUAGGCUGCAGGAUUUAAUACUGCAAAUCGAAAUUAGGUAUCGUCAGAUCUUCUUUUUGACAAGAUAUGUUAAAAUAAUUAAUGCGCCGGGGUUUGCAAAUUGGGAUAUUAUUUAAGGUUAUGUGGUUUAAAAAAGUGCGAAAUAAUAUUAAGAUUCCACUUUAUUUAAAUUCCUUCAAAAUUGAGAGAUAAAUAUUGAUAGACAAUUACGCAAUUAUGGAAAUGUGUUGAUUAAAAGACUCUAUUUUAAUUUACCUACUUUACAUGCAAAUAGUCAAAUUUUUCUCAGCCAAUUUUUGUUUUCAUUUAAUUUACUUAACAUUAGAAACUAACUUCGGAGAUUUAAGCAAUUAUUAUGUAUAUCUAUCGUAGUACAUAUAGUUUUAUCAGUAACUGUGAUGUAACAAGCAAAUUGUAUUAAUAAUUCAUUAACUUACGUUACCCUUUCUUAGGCAAUAAUGAGACUUAUUGGUAUCAGUUUGGAGUCACUGAAAAUAUAUUUUGGAUUAGAUUUUUUGGACUGUGAAAAAUUAAUGCAAAAAAGUAAAAUCACACCUGUCGCGCCUACAGCCUUUCAACGCUUUCAGCGCUUUUUGACAUACAUGAUAGCAAAUAAAACUCUACGUAAUUGACAUGUAAUAAUUACAAUUAACAGAACGUAAUAUAUAUAUCUGUAUAUAGAAUAUUAUUUCUUUGUGUUUACUUUGCAUAAAAUGUCCAUUGAUUCAACUGUAAAAUAUGUAAUAUAUCUUCAUAUUUUGUAAAUAAAUCUUUAAAUAUC